GUCACAGCUCAUUAGAGCCACCCCGCACCCGACCCUCACCGCCUCGUCACUAGGCGUCUACUCGUAGUCGGCAGGUGGACCACGGGUGGACGCCGCGUUGUCACCAGUGAACCUCGCGUGGUCAUCGAGUGGACAUCGCGUCGUCAACGAGUGGACCUCGCGUUGUCAACGAAUGAACCUCGCGUGAUACACGAAUUUCCGAGUAGUCUACCAGCGAUUGGCCCUAGGUGUGCACGUGCUUUCAGUGAUGUCAAAUUUUACCCUUCGUGAAUUGGCCCUCAUAGCUGUCAGUCUUGAUGAUGAUGAAAAUGAAAGACGGAACAAAAAAAAGAAAGCUUAUUGGGUGCAAGAAAUGUUUAAAGAAAGAAAAAAAGAGGGUGAAUAUUGGACCUCUCGUAGGCAUUUGUUAGCUGACGAGAGCAAAUUUUAUUCAUACUACCAUAUGCCAAAAAGUGUGUUUUAUUACAUCCUAUCUUAUAUUGAGGACUCAAUAACAAAGAAAAACACUACGUUCAGAGAAGCGAUCACACCCGAAGAGAAAUUGGCUGUGACUUUAAAAUAUAUGGUGAGCGGCGCUUCGGUUAGAACUUUAUCUACAAGCUUUAGAUUAGGUGAAACGACUAUUAGAUCAAUAAUAAAGGAAGUGUGCAAAGCUAUUAUUGACAAAAUGAUGGGUGUUUAUAUGCCUACGCCUACAGCUGAAGAUUGGCUAAAAAUCGCGGAUGGGUUUAAUGCCAGGUGGAAUUUUCCUAAUUGCAUUGGUGCAAUAGAUGGCAAGCAUAUAAAUAUAAUAGCACCGCCCAACAGCGGAUCGCUCUACUACAAUUACAAAAAACAUUUUUCGAUAGUUCUCUUGGCCAUAGUUGAUGAUAAAUAUAGAUUUACUGUUGUUGACAUAGGCGCAUAUGGUAAAAACAGUGACGGUGGAAUUUUUGCAUCUUCAAAACUUGGAAAACGAAUUCAAAAUAAUAGCUUAAAUAUACCAGAUGAUAAAAUAUUGCCCGGGACAAACAUAGCACUUCCACAUGUUUUUGUGGCAGAUGAGGCUUUUCCAUUACAAAAACAUGUAAUGAGGCCAUAUCCUCGUUCUCGGACUCCGUCUCAGGACCAAAAAGAAUUUAACAAUCGCCAGUCACGCGCACGUAAAGUAGUCGAAGAUGCUUUCGGAAUAUUAUACCAAAAAUUUGAAAUAUACAACAAAAAUAUUCGUCUAAAUCCAGACGUUGUUGAUGAUGUUGUAUUGACAACCUGUAUAUUGCAUAACGUAAUGCGAACUUAUAAUAUCGAACGCAAUGAACAGUAUGGUUCCAGUCGCAGGCCAGCGGCGCGGGCGGCGGCAUUCAGUGAUCUACGUCAUUUAGGUGGAAACGGUACCGCUUUUAACGUACGUGAUGCUUUUACUGCUUAUUUCAAAUCAUCUGCUGGACAGCUUCCAUGGAGUAAUUAAUUUAUUAUUAUUAUUAUAUUUUAAUUAUCACGCACGAAUUGUCAUAUAAAUAACAUCCCGAAGCAGAAGCGUUAAAUUCAAUGACGUUGCAAUCUACAUCCCGUAGCAUUCGGUGCGAAAAAAUGUAAUAGCGCGUCCCGAAGCAUUCGUUGCUUAGGUCGAUCGGAGCAUGCAUUCAUAGUUAUAUAAAUAAGUUAAUAAUAAUUAUAAGUUGAUUUUUACAAACUGAACGAGUUGUAACAAAAUACGUUCAAAUGGCGAUUGUACAGAGAUUGGAAUAACAGUUCUUGAAAGUUCUCGGCGAGCCUAUAAAAAGCAACUUAUACCUACUUACAGAUGUAGUGAAUAAUCCUUGCCUAUCGUAUUUUCACAGAAACGCUCGAAUGUCAUCUUACUGUUUCAUUCACACUCAGUACCCACAUCUGAGUGCGAUUGAAGUAGCAAUACGAAUACGAACAUUUCCGAGAAAAUACGAUAGGAAAGGAUUAUUCACUACAUCUGUACCUAUUUUCGUCUUCAUUAAUUUGUUAAUAAUAUUACAAUAAUGUUGAUAUGAGAAUCGAAAUGUAUACCAAUAUAACUAAUUCAUUGUACUACUUUGUGUUAAAAAUGUUAGUAAUAAAUAUAAUUACCUGGUA